AUCCAACACGGGACACCUUCAGGGGCAGGAGGUGCUGCACAGGCGCAGCCGGUCUCACACCCGUACCAUAAUGUUCUGCCGCAACCGCAGCAGCAAGGAGGUGUAGGGUCGACUCGGGUGGACCACCGUGCAAGUGCAACCGGAGGCGCUGCCAACAAUGUGCCGCAGCAACAAACGCAAGCGUCAGGUCCUGGAAUUAGCGGUCCUGGACAGCAUCAGCAUCUUCAUCAACAGACCGGACAUCAAGGCGGGGCAACGACGACGCACCUGCAACAGCACCAGGCGAAUCCGAACCAAGUCUCUUCGCACCAGCCCCACUCGAAUCCACCCCCGAUCCGCCGAACACGGCCGCACAGUCUCGCAAGUCCAUUGGCAAUUGUGCGGGACGCAAAAGAGUUUGUGGGCGACGGGGAGUUCGUGCACACGCCGUCCAACGGAGGCCAACCUUCUAUAUCGUCCUCACACUAUGGCUAUCACACGACGCUAACGACAAGUCAGCAGAAACGCCAAAAGAACCUGCAGAAGUUAUUGCGGCCACUGUCAUCCUCGCUCUGUAACGCUGCAGCCGCGACAAAGGUGCCGUCGCCAGCCAAAACCGAACCUUGUAAAUCGCCAGCCGGCCGGUUUUACCACAUUGCGUCAACGGGCUCGAUCGCAUCUGGCAGUGGAGGUGGCACGAGUGGUGGGACCACACCAGGAGGGGCGGCGGCGGCGGCUCCGCCACCCUAUCCCUUGCCGGGGCAAAUGGCUGGGGCUCCCCAAGCGGGCACGCUCAGCGUCGGCGUACCAGGUGGAGCGCAUCAAAAUCCUCCAUACACGUGGGCGGGCGCUGCACUCCAAGGUGCAGCUGCAAACGUAACGGCUAGAGAUCACAGCGGACCAGCACCUCGGACCCCGGGAAGUUUUAGUGCAUCCAAGCAGGGGACACGAAAUUUUCAUCGCGGCCUUUCUUCAACUUCGCGAUUUUACGCGCCGCCGAGUUUAGAUGGCGACCCGACGGGAACACCACAGUCAGCCUCCCGCGCGAAUCUGAUAUCGUUGCUCCAUCGGCGACGGCAGCUACAGUCGUCGUCCGCGCGUAGCGCGACAGCACGGACAGCUGGAGGGUGGCUCUCUGGGGGCCACGGGCAUAGUGGGCCGCUUGCCGCAGAUCAUGGGGUCGUGACGCCUUCCGCCCUAAACGCAACCGCAUCCGCAACCUACUACGGAGGUAUAUCAUCA